ACGUCAAAAUAUUGAUUACAAAACAGCUUGCGGCUGCCUCACGCGUUUUACGGCAAAGUUUUUCUCAAUUUUCCCGGAAAAUGUCGCAUUUAUUGAAAGUUUUUCCACUUAAGCAACCGAUUAUAAGCUCGUUCAAAAUCCAGCGGAUAUGUUGUAGCGCGGUCCGGUUUUGUAGUGGCUCGAAAGGCGAAACAUUCAGCGAUAUCCCCGCGGAAAAUCAAGCGGUGGAGGAAAAACAGAGUGAAGAUCGGAAGCUCGGUGGAUUCGCCAAGGCAUUCGAGAAGCAUGCCACACCACUGGCAGACAAGGGCAAAGAUGAGCCAUCGAAGACGUUCGUUUCGCUGAUGAGAAAUUCCAAAUUUGUGGAUCUAGGAGAUCCGGAAAACAAAGUAGUGACCGGAAAAAUCUUCCACGUCGUAGAGGAUGAUUUAUAUAUCGACUUCGGCUGGAAGUUCCACUGCGUUUGUACUAGACCAGUGAAAAAUGCCGAGGACUACGUCCGUGGGGCCCGGGUUCGAUUACGGGUUCGUGAUCUUGAGCUGUCGACGAGAUUCCUCGGAUCGGACAAAGACCUCACCUUACUGGAGGCAGACUGUCAAAUGUUAGGGAUAAUUUCCUCCCCCGCUAGACCACAGCAACAGGGACAACGGACAGCGGAAGGUUCUUCCUAACUGUGAGUACCACCAAAAGGAUUUUCGAUUUGUAAUAUAUGCAGAAUUAUUGUUGAAAUAGUUAAAGUAAAA